AUGGAAGGCUUGACAGCGCUCAUUCGCGAACGCGGCCAAUUGAAGGCCACUUUGACGCGUUUCGCGAAUUUCUUCGACACUUCGGCGAGCGUGACUCCCAUAGACUCCUUAGAAAGACGUCUUAGAAUAAAUGAAGCUGUGUAUGACAAAUUCGAUAACGUUCAAUCGAGAAUAGAAUUAGCGGUUGCGAAAACCCAAGACGAGGCCAUGCAUGCGGCUUUUAGAGACACGUUCGAGACAACGUACUUCGACCUGAUGGCAAGGGUAGACGGCUAUAUAACUAGGUCGCGCGCGUCCACUCAACCGUUGCCGUCGCCUAGCGUAACGUCCGCGUCGACGGAAAUCCUAGCUACGCCGCGACUUCCCACAAUCGUGUUGCCAGAAUUCGACGGCGAUUACAAUAACUGGCUGCGUUUUCGUGACACGUUCGUGUCGUUGAUCCACCAAAAUGUAUCAUUAGGUAAUAUUCAGCGCUUUCAUUACUUGAAUUCAGCAUUAAGGGGGAGCGCGGCUCGCGUAAUCCAGUCGUUGGGUGUUUCUGACGAAAAUUAUAAACUAGCCUGGGAAACACUAAAAAAUAGAUAUGAAGACCCUAAAUCGCUCAUAUACCACCACGGCAACGCUUUGCUGAACCUACAAUCGGUUCACAAACAAACGCACACAGCUCUUCGCGACUUGGUAGAUAACGCAAAUAACCAUGUAUUAGCACUAGGCGCAUUAGGCCAACCAAUCAAACAUUGGGACACAUUACUAGUCCUGAUUUUGUCGAGAAAAUUAGAUGUUGCGACACAAAGGGAGUGGGAAAAGCGGUCCCUUAGAUUGACAGGAAUCGCAACGUUUCGAGACCUCGUAGAAUUUGUUGAAGAACAGGCGAAAUAUCUUGAACGGGCCCCAGCAGGUAGGCAGCCUGCAGGUAGCGAUCCGAGACCCUUGUACAAACCACCCGGUCACUCCAAGCCUCAACCCAGAAUAGAGUACGUAGCCUCGCACGUUGCCAAUAUGCAAACUCAAUGCAUAUUGUGCAAACGUGAGCACUCGCUACAACAUUGCGAGACAUUGAAAAGCAUGCCUCAUUCGGAGAUGCAUGCUACCAUAAAACAAUUACAAGUUUGUUUUAAUUGCCUGCAACAAGGACAUCAAAUUAAAAAUUGUACGCGAGGUUCCUGUAGAAAAUGCGGGGAAAAAACACAACACCUUGUUGCAUCUAGAGCAGGCCUCUGUGCCCGCUGGCUCAGAGCCUCUCGUUCGAAAUUCGGAAACUGUCGCGCCGAUCCCAUCACCCGCGACCUCCUGCGUCUCAAACUUAGUUAA